GGACCACUUUGUCUAAUCAGCGUCCAUCUUCAUUCAUUCUUUUAAGCCUUGAACAUCUCCUAUCCUGAUAGCAUGUGCAGUACAUAUCUGGACAUCUAACGCGAAUUUGAGUCUUCACGUACCCAAUCCGACUGUCGCUAUGUCUGCUGGUGCGUGUCGCUCUAUACUACGUUCUUACAGUAGUAACACUACAUCCAGACUCCGAGCUAACUUGAAUCAAUACAGACCUCGACGGUGACUCCGAAAUGCUCUCCUCCUCCGGAUCCGAUUCUCCAGUCGGUACCCGUACGCCAACAUUCGAUAAACCCACCGAACUCUCUCCUCCCGGCUCACAAACAGCAUCACAUCAUGAAAGCUCUGGCGGCGCUGGCUCCUCCUUAACAGCUGUAUUCGACAAGUUAGCUGCAGAACGUCCUGGAGACAGCAAACCGGGAAUGCAAGGCAAAGAUGCACCUGGUGCAUCGUGGAAGAAUCAGCGCGCACAGGAGGAGUAUAGUCGGGCUUUGGAGCAUGUGGUUGAUCAAGAGUUUAGUUUGCGUGAAUUUGGCGAUCCAUUCGACGAGUCGGAUAUGUUACAAAGUCUUUCGAGGGGAUAGAAAGAAAUGCUUUGAGCGUUCGGGCUACUUCUAGCCUGUUGCCUGCCUAUCGAAGCGAUGGAAUAUAUCGUCUCCAAAGCCAGGUCGGAACGUAUCUCACGUUCCAACUAAAAAUGGUUCUUUGACAUCAAGACGUAUGAUACACCCAUAAAGGACAGUCGUGGUUCCGGCGUACGUCGCAAAAGUCCUCAUAACCGAGGUCAAUUCGACCUGAUCAUACAGUCAACCAGAACAUGUCCUUAAUGAUGCACCACCAGAAUUUGUUACUUCAGGGAGGACUGACGAAACAUACACACCAGAGUCAAGACUCACGAUAGCUUUAUGAAAAUGAAAUAAUGAACUGACAUAU